AUGGCGGUCACACCGACAUCUACUGAAGCAUUAGUGCUCCCAGCGCUCAAAGCUCCUUUGCAACUGCAAAAGGUCCACCUGUCCCCUCUCCAGAAAGAUGAAGUAUUGGUCGAAAUACAUGCGACGGGCAUCUGCCACACCGAUCUGUCAUGCAUGGAUGGCAUGCUCCCCAUUUCGACCCCUGCAGUACUAGGUCACGAAGGAGCGGGUGUCGUCCUCGCCAUUGGAACUGAUGUCUCCCAUGUGGCGCCACACGAUAAAGUCCUGCUGAGCAUAAACGUGUGCCAGAAAUGUCCGAAUUGCGUGGCUGGCCACCCGAAUUACUGUGACCAAGGCAUGCCUCGGAACUUUGGCGGCUGUAGAGUAUCCGACGGAAGCACGACGAUGUCUAUCGAUGCGGACACGGGGAUGAAAGGCGACGUGGCCCCUUGUUUCAGCAGUUUCUUCGGACAGAGUUCCUUCUCCCGACACGCCGUGGUGGAUCAGUCCUGCGUGUUAAAGGUCCCACGCGACACAGACCUAAAAUUGUUCGCACCUCUGGGCUGCGGGAUCUCCACAGGAGUAGGCAGCGUGUUGAACACACUCGACCUGAAAGAGGGCUCGAGCCUGGCGGUAUUCGGCGUCGGCAGCGUCGGCCUGAGCGCCGUGAUGGCCGCCAAGCUGAAAAACGCGGGCACCAUCAUCGCCGUGGACCUCAGCGCCCAACGAUUAGAGGUCGCGAAGAACCUCGGCGCCACUCACAUCGUGGAUGGCAACUGCCCGGAUGUCGUUGCAGAGGUGAAAAAACAUGUGCCAAAUGGCGUAAACUACGCCGUCGACUGCACGGGGGCUGCAAAAGUCAUCGAAACAAUGAUGGAGUGUUUGGCUGUCCGUGGCCGAGCUGCACAGGUCGGGUUGACUGCUCCGGACAAGACAGUCCCCAUCAAGAUCCUGCAGCAUCUACUUCGAGGACAAGAAUAUGUCGGUUGCGCUGGCGGCGACUGCGUCCCGAGCAAAAUGCUCCCUUACCUCAUGGAGCAGCAGCGGGCAGGCAAGUUCCCGCUCGAGGAGAUAGUGUCGUACUAUGACGCCAAGGACUAUGCGAGGGCAUUUGAGGAUUCGAGAUCAGGAAGGGCCAUCAAGGCCGUUUUGUGUUGGACUUGA